AUGACGCAGGUCAUCUGCCACGAUCUGAAUGAGGUCUGGGACGACAUCAGUGAAUUUCUGGAUCAAGAAAAUUUCCGAAUUGGCGAGGUCAGUCGAUUGGCAUUCUCGCCCCUUGAAACGCCGACCGUCGGUAUGCUCACUCGAGCGCCUCGAGUUCACGACCAGCUCGUGCGUGAGCCGCCGAUCACCUUGGCCAUGCCGCCACCUGCGCUACCUGGAGCCACGUUCGCCCCGGCAGCACCAAGUCGACUCCCGGCGUUCGCCUCUACAUGCGCCCUGGCAGCCGCUGCCGUUGCUACCAGUACAGGAGACGCUUGCUCAGCACAACCAACUACUUCAACUGUUAUUCCUGGAUACUACACUAUUCCACCCCAACCACCGGCCACUCCGCAGCAAACGCAACAGCCAGCUCCACUUCCUGUCAAAGAAGAAUCACCGCCGUCUAGUCCUGAGAUACCGUAUCCGUAUCUAGACAAUAAUUAUUCGCGUAGCCCACUCGCCAACAGUUUACCUGAUCUGAAUUUACCAAUUCAACGAAAUCACAAGACAAGCAGGUAA